AUGAAUCUAUGGGAUGUCGUGGAGAAAGGAGUUCAUCAAGAACCACCGUAUGAGACGUCACCGACAAGUAAUGACUUAGACGGAGAAAGUUUAGAUGCAUCAUCAUCCGCCGCUGAGUACAAUUUAGUAUGGUGGAAGCAUUGGACAGAAACUAACGACACGACCGCGCUUUACAUUAUCCAAACUGCAUUGAGCCAUGAGAUUCUUCCAUGGAUAGCUUCUGCUACAUCAUCAAAGGAGGCGUGGGAGAUUUUGCAAGUGAGAUCCCUAGGUGGUCCUAUAUUUCAGAGUAGAAAACUUAUUGAUCUCGAGAAGGAGUAUGAGGAUAUGAGGAUGAAGGAUUCGGAAACGGUUAUUGAGUUCACUGGGAAGCUAAUGGAACUUGUGUUUCGUAUGAAGUCUUAUGGGUGGAAGGUCGAAGAUAAAGGUCAAGAGCCUUUGGAAAAAUCAGUGAUUAAGAGUCUUGAUGUGGAAGAAAGUGUUCAAGAAGAAGCUGAGAUCUUAUAUUCGUUGAAUGAGAUCACUCAAAGCCAAGUAGCGUCGAUGGAGAGACAAGGAGAAGUGUUGUCGUUGGUGCAGCAGAAUCAGAAGAUGAUGAUGCAGCUGCAGAAGCAAAUGGUGGCGUUAAUGCAGCAUACGCUCUGA